AUGUACCCGGAGCGACGCCCGUAUGCAACGACGGUGAGCCACGGCGGCUACUUGUCGAAGCCGCUGCUUCCACCGGUGGAGGCGCUUCGCAUUCUGAACAGCCCCAUUGGCAUUGAUGUGCCGCGCUCCAUUCGCCUCGACACCCAGACGGCGGUGGCGCCGGGGGACUUGAUGCGACAAACUCCCUCCAGACCUCGCACAGCUGGCAGACCGUCCUCGGCGCGUGGUGUGCCGAUGUUUAAACCGCCCACACUGGAGUCUGCAUCGCCGUUCUCCUUCAAGGAGAAGGAUUACCACAACUCUCAGCAGACCGCCCUCAACGCACAGUUGAAUAACGCGGUGGAGGAGCUGUUUAAGGUAUGGCGCCGAAAGGUGCGUGACCUUCAAAACUACCUCAACGUUUAUCCCAUGCAGAGUGCAACAUCUAGCACGUUGACGGCAGAUGCAAUGAUGAACUAUUUUCAGGGUUAUCGCUCCAUCGAUGUGCUACCGGUGACGAUGGAGCAGCUGGUGAAGGAAUUUAAGCUGGCGUCCACGCCGGAGAUGCUGGGCGACAUUCAAAACAGCCCAGCGUUGUCAACAGAGCAUAUUCGCCGCACCCUCAACGCGCUGUUGAGCGCCAAACACUUUUUGGCUCCGCUGGAGCACUACGUUCAGGAGCUGGAGGCCCUUGCGUUACUGGCGCUGCGGGAUGAGCCCUGCGAAGAAGUGGGGGGUGUUCAGCGGGGUCCGGUGUGGCUGAGCAAGGCAGCCGUCGCCCUACAUGAAAAGUUCCACUACAACCCCUCCGAGUACGCCCUGAGGGAGCUGCGGAAAAGUGAUGAACCACUGAGGCGACUGGAGCGCCGGGUGAUGGAGGCGAAGGAACAAAAAGAACGCGCUAUCGAUGAGGAGCUUCCGGGGGAAGCGCUGAGCUGCCUCACAUCACAGGUGGACCUCAGCAAUGACCUGCUGCUUGCGAACAAGGCUCGCCUGGAGCUUGUGCGUCUACACUCCGAUGACGUGCGUGAUAUGAAGCCACUCAUAGACACAGUCAUUGCGGACGCCCGUCGCAGUGUGGAGUUGCUGAAGGGGCGUAUUGAGCGGGACCUCCCGCUGGUGAAGAAGGACCUGGAGAGCCUCCGUAACGACACACAGAACACGGAGGAUCACAUCCAGUACCUAACUAAGGUGGACUCCGACGCCAACAAGGAGGCUCGCAAGGAAUUUCGCAAGCUGGAGGACAACGAAAGAGAUCUUUGGGAGCUGCUGCUUCAGACAAUACAGAAACUGGUAAACAUCUCAGAUGAAAAGAAGGACUUUGUUCAGAAGCAACUUCGGCUCCGCGAACAACGGGCGUAUGACAUGGGACAAGCCUUGGAGCUUCUGAAGACCCAGCAGCAGUACAACGAGCUCUUGCGCAGCUGCGACGACACUCUCUGGCGGUGGUCCAGUGUGGCGGAGGUGUACGAGACGUACGUGGAGGCGUAUGUGCCGAAGCUGCUUAAGAAGUUGAACGACGCGGAGGAGGCGGACCAGAUCCUCUACAACCGUGAGGCCCAGGAGUACGUUCGCCGCUAUGAAAUGUUUGAGUACGCGGUGGAGGAGGGCCGUGCCACCCGGCAGGUUCACGCGGACCGACUGAAGGUGCUGCAGCGCUCAAAGAAACUGGACGUGGAGCGGGCGAUGGAGACGCUGGAUCCGCAUCUUGAAAAGUACAACAAGGAGCUGCAAGAGUCCCAGGCGCAGCUGGAGGAGGCGGAGGCGUACAUCAACCUUGUGGGGAGCCUACAGCGCGAGCGCCGAGGCGACGUGGAGCCCAUCCUGCAACACGUCAUCAUGCACAAUCGCACGGUGAGGACCCAGCAGCCGGAGCUGGAGGGCCCGGCGGAGACGCUGCUGCUGAGGGACAAACUGCAGGCGCGCGGCGUCGUCCAGGCAGAGACGACGUUCCCCGAGGAGACCCACGUCAGUCCGACGUCAACGAUCCCUGUGCCUUCCUGUGGCGCGGAUGGGAGGCCAGUCGUGGCGGACACCGACCUAGCAGUGGUGUCGGGCUUUUCCACCGCCUCGCCGCUGAUGGCCACCGUUGCCCACCCGCACGUUCAGGCCCGCACGGUUGGCAUCAACCACGAGGAGGCGUUUCUCGAAAAGUACCGCCGCUUCACUGACGAGGAGCAGUGCGCCGUGGAGGCGGCGGAUGGGAAGGUGCGGAAGGCCCGCCACGAGCUGGACAAACUCGGUCUAAAGUACGACAACAUGGAUUACGUCAGGAUGCAGCUCGGCACAAAGGAGCAGAGACACACCUCUCCCCUCGACGAUGGGAGUCGCCACGGCGCUUCUGGUGAAGUGAGAGCUCAGUGA